AUGGAUAUUCCAAAAGAAACUGAUAAUAAUCAAUGGACAAUGCCUGAUUGUAAAGAAUUUACUGUAAAAAAUGAAAAUUACGAUCUAGAAAUGCAGUCGGUGGAGUUGGAUAAAUAUGAUUCCAAACAGGAUUUUAAAAUAUUAGGUGCUUCUCUUUUAUCAAAUUGUCAAACUACAAGCAUGUUUUCAGAUGAAUACUUGAUUAGUAGCGAUCCAAACACACUUUCGAUACAAAAUACUCAUCCAAUAAAAGAAGAAGAUCAAGAUGCUGCUGUUUUAAAUUUGGCAAACCAAGGUAAUUUUUGGUGUCGUUUUAGGAAUUUAUAUUUAAAGGAGAUAUUAGCAGAAUUUUUAGGUACAAUGGUUAUGAUAAUGUUUGGAAGUGGGGUCGUCUGUCAAGUUCUAGCUUCUAGUAAAAUUGAAGAGCAGCUGUUUAAAAAAGCCAUAAAUCCUGCUAGCAAUAAGACAGGUGAAGACUAUAUGGCACUGCCAUCAAUGAUUGAAACCUUGGGGUCGGUCAAUUUAAGAACUCCUAAUGGAACAUAUGUCAAUAUUGCUCUAGGUUGGGCUUCCGCAGUUGUUCUUGGGUAUUUUGCAGCAGGGGGAGCAUCCAUUUCAGGAGCUCAUAUGAACCCGUCGAUAACAAUUUGCAGUACAAUAUUUAGAAAGUUUCCUUUGAAAAAAGUUCCAGGUUAUAUUUUUGCUCAACUAUUGGGCGCCUUUACAGGAGCGUUAGUCAUUUUCAUGUAUUAUCAACCAGUUAUAGAGUUUGCUUAUGUUGAUUGGAAGGAUAAUGAAAUUGUUGCUUCAAUGUUUUGUGUGUUUCCCAGACCAUUUUUAUCUAUCCGAAGACAAUUUAUCUCUGAAUUUAUAAGUGGUGCCAUACUACAACUUGGAAUAUUUUCGAUGACAAAUCAAUAUAAUAAGGCCUCCACCGAUUUGUUUCCAAUGUGGCUUUUCCUUCUAAUCUUUGGAAUAAUGAGUUCGAUGGGCUAUCAAACGGGGACGGCCAUGAAUCUAGCUCGGGACUUAGGACCAAGAUUAACCCUCCAUGUUUUAGGAUUCAACAAAGCCCUACUAUGGAAUGACCAUAAUUAUUUUUUUUGGGUUCCACUGGUGGCUCCCAUUCUUGGGGCAGUGACGGGGAGUUUGAUAUAUGAUUUAUUUAUUUUCCAAGGGCAAGAAUCACCAGUCAAUUGGCCAUUCAAAACAUAUUGUCAAGUAUUUUCAAAAUUUAGGAUCAUCCAGUUGAAAAAAAGAGAAAAGAAGAAAAUUGGUUCAAUUGUUGAAUACGCAGAAGUUACUAACCCAAAUGGCGAAGGAAUCCAAGAAAAUAAUUCAAAUUUUCAAGAAGGUUUUCUCUCGACUCAAAAACAAACUUCACUCUCUAGCUAG